UGUGCCUUUAUGGUGGACAACGAGGCCAUCUACGACAUCUGCCGUCGCAAUCUGGACAUUGAGCGUCCCACCUACACUAACUUGAACCGUCUGAUUGGCCAGAUUGUCUCCUCGAUCACCGCUUCUCUGCGUUUCGAUGGUGCCCUCAACGUGGACCUGACCGAGUUCCAAACCAAUUUGGUCCCGUAUCCGCGCAUUCACUUUCCGCUUGCCACCUAUGCUCCAGUCAUUUCGACUGAGAAGGCAUAUCACGAACAGUUGACUGUCGGUGAGAUCACCAACUAUUGCUUUGAGCCUCAGAACCAGAUGGUGAAAUGUGACCCUCGCCACGGAAAAUAUAUGGCUGUUUGUCUGCUCUACCGUGGUGAUGUGGUACCAAAAGACGUAAACGCUGCUAUUGCUGCCAUUAAAACCAAGCGAUCGAUUCAGUUUGUGGAUUGGUGCCCAACUGGUUUUAAGGUCGGUAUCAACUACCAGCCACCGACGGUCGUUCCUGGUGGAGACCUAGCCAAGGUGCAACGUGCCGUAUGCAUGUUGUCGAACACGACAGCAAUUUCCGAGGCUUGGGCUCGUCUGAACCACAAAUAUGAUUUGAUGUACUCGAAACGAGCCUUUGUUCACUGGUACGUUGGUGAGGGCAUGGAGGAGGGCGAGUUCAGCGAGGCUCGUGAGGAUCUCGCCGCUUUGGAGAAGGACUAUGAAGAGGUGGCCAUUGAGAGCACUGAAGCUGAUGCUGACGCUGGAGAUGAGUACUAA